ACUUCCGGAAUCGUAUUGCUCGAAUGGCGGACACCGUGGUUGUCGUUUCUGUCAAGUACAAUAAUUUUGAUUCUGAAAACUCAUGUAAUAUUAGUGUAUUGGAUGUAUUGGAGUGGAAAAAAACGGGGUUUCGUGAAAAAUCGAAAUAUUUUACUUUUACUCGCUGGAGGCAUAAAAGAGAAGUUGAAUUUGAAAUAUUACUCAGGAAAUAUUACGAAUAUCAGAAGAACCUAUAAACUAUGCGAAUCAGAUGAUUCAAAGGACAUUACAGAAAAAGGAAAUAUUACAGAUUUGAAUAUAGUUAUGGAGGAUAGUAUGAGUGUCAAGUCUAUGGAAUCAGUGGCAACCAGCGAUGAAUAUGAAUUUGUGAGUGACAAAGGUACUACCAAGCAACAACAAACGUUACUUGAAGCACCAAUGUUAAAAAUUGCUAAUAACGGAAAUUUAGAAGAUCUACAAAAUAAUCUUCGUGAGGUAUUAACGGAAGAUUCAAAAAUGGAGGGUAGGGACUAUAAAUUAACAAAUCCUCAACAAAAAGCUAAGAAAAUAGGACACAGCCAAUUUUAUGAUGUUAGUUCUUGUAUAAAUGGUACAGAAAAACAAGAUGUAAUGAAACCUGAUGAUUUCAUAGAAGAGGAUUUUUAUGUUUUAGAAUUAAACACAUUGUCACAUGUUCAACAAGAAUGCACAAUUUUCAAUGGUGUUACAUAUUUGGGAGCUGCAGCAAUAAAUGCACCAAAAUCAGAAUGUGAAAUACAGCGAAAUAUGAAUAUCUUAAAUGCUGAACAAUCUCUUAAUCUGGGUAUCAAAAUUUCUGUCUCCGUACCAAGUAGUUCUCAAGGUUCUGUUGUUUUAUAUGAUGCUGCCACUCAGCAACCAAUUGCCCAUUAUGAAGUACAACGAAUUCUAUUUUAUGCACGUGGAGAAAGUACUGGAUUGUGUGCUGCAUGUUUUGCUUUUACAUGGUCUCAUGGAGAUACUUUGGAAUCUGCUAUUUAUCAAUGUCAUGUUUUUCGAUGUAAUAUACCAGAAGCAGUUGGGCAAGUGUCAGCUUGUUUUUCUAAAGCCUUCCAUAGAAUACCAAGAUCAAUGACAAAUUCUUUAACAGGAAGUGACUUUAGUAAUUAUAAUUCAGGUGGUGAAAAAGUUAAUUCUCGUGUAUUUAUUUUUGAAGUUAGCAUGGAAGUUAAGGAAGAAGAUGGAAAAGGUGGGUUUAGUACUGUUCCUAAGGACAGAAAUUGUUUCAAAUUUCGGAGUAAUAUAGCAAAGCAAGUUUGUUUGAGUAUUCAACAAGUUUCCAGUAAAGAAGGAGGUAUUACUCUUGAAGUUGAAAGAUGUUUUGGUGUUCUUGUUAGCCCAGGACGUAAUGUGAAACAUAGUGAUAUGCGAUUACUUGAAAUGCAAGUAAGCACUGGACCAAUCGUCCAGGAUCGAUGUUACAAUAUAUGUGGCCAGUGGGAUCCGGCUGAUCCAGCUUUGGAAACUCUUAAUAUAGAAACACCUAGAGAGGGCAAAAUAUUCAUGACAGUAGCAGUUGAUUUAGUUAUAAGAGGUAUCAGAGAACCUGUCAGAUUCGUAAUUGAAACUUCUGUUAAAGUAUUUCCACAAAACGAGAGAUUUUGGUACUUCAAUAAAAGAAAUUUAGUACAACAAUUUUAUCUUAACUCUAAAGAGAUAAUAUCUGGCGAUGGAAGCGAAGUUCAUUACGAGGUGCAAAGUAUAGAGACAUCAGGAGAAUUAGAUAGAAAUAGAUUAAAUCUUGCUCUUAAUUUAGCUUCCUUAAUAAGAUCGUCUUCUUUGACUAGCAUAGACACUUUAACUCCUAAAGAAGAAAUAGAUUCAGAUGGAGAUGAGCCAAUGUUAAGUGGAACAGGAGAAGUAUCGAAAGAUUGUUCUGCCGGUGAAUUAGCCAGCUGGGGAGAAGUUCUAGAAAGUUGGCAAAUUAAUGAACAACGUCCAAAACUUUUAAUAAAACUCACAAGACAAGGAAUCCCUGAAGCAUUACGUGGUGAAGUAUGGCAACGCUUAAGUAAUUGUGACAAUUCCCAGGAAAUGAUGGAUAAGUAUAGAACACUGAUUACUAAGGAAAGUAGCUGUGAAAGUGUUAUAUUAAGGGAUAUCAACAGAACAUUUCCAGCACAUGAUUUUUUUAAAGAAACUGGUGGUUUAGGCCAAGAUUCUUUAUACAGAAUAAGUAAAGCAUAUGCAGUAUAUGAUGAAGAAGUUGGAUAUUGUCAGGGUUUAAGUUUUUUAGUUGCUAGUCUACUGUUACAUAUGCCAGAAGAACAAGCGUUUUGUGUUCUAGUGAAAUUAAUGUACGAUUAUGGUUUACGUGAUUUAUACAAAGACAGAUUUGAUAAUCUUCACAUGAGGUUUUAUCAAUUGAAUCGUUUAAUAGAGGAUCAACUUCCUGAACUUUACAAACAUUUCUGCGAUCGUGGUGUUGAAACACAUAUGUUCGCAGCACAAUGGUUUUUGACUUUAUUUACUGCUAGAUUUCCAUUAUAUCUUGUGUUUCAUAUCCUAGAUGUUUUCCUUUUACAAGGACUUGACACUCUCUUCCAAGUAGCUCUUGCAUUGUUAAUGUUAUGCAAAAAAGAGCUAUUACAAUUGGAUUUUGAAAGCAUUUUAAAGUACUUUAGAGUCCAUUUGCCUAAGCGUUGCAGAAAUGAAGAAAUAUCGCGUUAUGUAAUGAAAUUGGCCUGUUCCGUUACAUUGAAGAAAUUGAAGAAAUAUGAAGCAGAAUUCAUGACAUUAAAAGAGGCUCAAGAAAAUGCUGAUGAAUACAGUAAUGAGGUAGAACAAUUAAGAGGUACAGUUGCAAGAAAUGAGGAAGAAAAACAAAGGUUGGAAGCAGAACUUGCUCAGGUAAAAGAAAUGCUACAACGUGAGGUAUCAAGAGCUGAUGCAGAGAGCCGUCGAAGUAAUAUUAUUAUUGCUGAAUAUAAACAGAUUUGUCAACGUUUGGAAGAUGACUAUAAUGCUGCAAAAAUGACUUUAAGUGAAUUACGGUCUAAGGUUUCAAGAUGUGACAAAUGUAGAACAUGCAUAAUGGAUUCAUCUAGUAUAUUAGCAGAUAUAGCACAUCCUUUAGAAAAUCGAGUUGAUCCUAUGUUACAUAGAGUACAAGAAAGAGUAAGAGAAUUAGAAUUAGAAUUGGCACAGACAAAAUUAGCUCACGUGGAAGCAGAAUGUAGAAAUCAGGAUUUGACACAUCAAUUACAUGCAACUGCUUCUGAACUUCAAGUUACGCGAAAUAGUUGGCCAUGGCUCAGUAAAACUUUGUCUAGUAUAAAAGAAGCAGCAAACAAACGAGAAGUUAUAGGGCCUUCGUCAUUAAGAGAUUUAAGACGCGACAGUACUCCUGGAGAUGACGUACAUCAUCAUAUAAUACAUUCGCGUACACGUGAUAGUCGUGACAGUCUUAAACAAAUAGUGUAAUAUGGUAAGUGAUCUCAUGAUGUGUACAAUUAUAUUUGAAUAUUACAUUUGAAAAUUAUGAUUCUCUUAAUGAAAACAACAUCACAUAACAUUAUUUUUAUUGAAUAAGCCAAACAUUAGUAGAUGAUAACAAAUAUAUAGAUGUAGAUAUAUGUAUAUAUACAAGAUGUAUCCUGACGAGUGGUAAAACUAAGCGAGUAAUGAUUCUAAAUGUCAAAAUAAAUUGAAAAAAA